CCGGCCGCGCUCAUCGAUGGCGCUAGUGACGUGCGGCGGCGGGCGGUUUGAAGGCGCGACGCGGCGGCGGUUGAGCUGCUGCCGGGAUGGAGCCGCUACAGCGAGUGAGGGACGCGUCCAAAGCCCUGGGGAAGCUGGUGGCUCAUAGCGCUGCCGCCGGUGGAUCCGUGGAGGCCGGGGCGGCCUCGGGGCUGGGGGCUGCGGCAGGCGAGAAGCUGGACCUGGUGACCCUGCUCCGACUAAGAGAACAAAUAAAACAGCAACUUAUGGAAUAUAAUACAACAGUUCAUGCAGGUGAAGAAAGCAUUCCAGACCAAGCCAUAGAAGAAAAGCUAAUUGAGGCUGCCGGAGAAGAUCUGGAAAGAGAAAUGGAACAAGUGAAAGUCUCCUAUCAAAACAAAACACUGGUGUUACAAAGGAUCCAGCUUAUAGAUGCCCUCAGAACCAAACUGAGACACAAUGAUGCCGACUCAAAGUUGAUCUUGGAAACUAUAAAACACAUAAUAAUGCUUAGUACUGCAAUACUUGAAUCUCAGCAGCAAGCACGUGAGUUGGAAGAAAAACUGAAUGAGAUUAAAAAAAGGAGAUUCGCACUAAAGCAAGCUGGAGAACACAAACUGCUACAGAUACACACUCUGAAGAAAAAACAAAAAGAGGAACUAGAGAGUAUGGAAGUGGGUGAAAUGUUAAAGAGACUAUGUAGAAACUUGCAAAAAGAAACACAGAUGACUACGUUAAUUCAAAGUAUCUUCCAGGGCAUCAUUAUUGGAAGUAAAGUAAACUGGGCAGAGGAUCCAGUUUUGAAGGCAAUCGUUCUACAGCUUGAGAAAAAUGUGGACUGUAUCUGAAUAAGCCACAAGACUUUUUUUUUUUAAAGCUAUAGUUUUUAUAUAAUAUGCACCAAUAAACCGGAGUUCAACUAGA